CUUCACGAUCGGCGGUGCGCCGCAUUCUUUUCGUUCGACCUCUUCCUCGACCUUCAACUACUAGACUACUAGACUUCAGCAAGGCAUAAGGGAUGUCUGCUGUAGCGACCCUGAGGGUGGCGGCUGGCGUGCUGGCGAGUGUGCCGGUGGCCCGGAUGGCGGCGGCGCGGGCGCUGCACUGUAGCGCGGUGCGCGGCUGCAUCAGCCAGCUGGCCAUGCCAAUCCCCUACCCUGAUAUGACAGAGGGCGACAUCGCGAAGUGGAAGAUGAAGGAGGGCGACGCCUUUCAUGUCGGAGACGUCCUUCUAGAGAUUGAGACUGACAAAACUAUGGUCGACGUCGAGGCGCAGCGCGACGGAGUCGUUGGCAAAAUCAUCGUGCCCGACGGCUACAAGCGCGUUCGUGUGGGCAAGGUCCUCGCGCUCCUCGCCGACGAGGGCGACGACAUUUCGCGCCUAGAGCUUCCCGCUCAGCCGAUCUUCCCGUCCGUGCGCCGUCUGCUCGCAGCACACAGGAUAUCGCCUAUCGACGCCGCGGCAAUCCCGGGGACCGGCACACGCGGCAUGCUCACCAAGGGCGAUGUCCUCGCCUUCGUGCGCGCACGCGAAGCCCAGCUCGAGGCAGCUCGGGAGGCGAAGGAGCGCGCGCUCGCGGUCAUCGAUCGCCCUUCGGCUAUUGGCAUGCCUGCAGAGCUCAGGCUGACCUGGCCGUCGUGGCUUCUGGCUGCCCUACGAAUGCGUGCGCUUGGUGAGAUCCCUUACUUGGCGUUGGCUGUGUCUGGCGGCUUAUGGUCUCGUGAAGGCAAUUCCAGUGACCUUACCAGCCGCCUGCUUACUCAGGCGCGCCGGUUUUGGCCACCACGCUUCCCCCGCAUGCCGACCAACCCUCCUGCUGCCUCCCUCUGACGUGUUCCCGUGGCCCUGUUCUUGACCCUCCCUUACCCCUCCCUUCCUCCCAUGCUACCUAUCCUCUUCCAAUCCUUCCCCUCGUGACCCUAGACCGCAAUAUCGUGUACCAUCUCAAGGACUUUGAAGUCGUGCUUUUCUAGAGUUAUCAAUGCAGCCUGUACCAUCCUCUACUUAUUUCUCUUUCUCGAUACCUACGAUUCGGCACAUGUAGACGAACGCUUGUUGGCAAGCGAUCCAUAGAGCUUAUAGACCUGGCUGAACUAGAAUACAUACCGCAGGCUGGCAUUGGCUCUAGAGGUACUCACGACAGUAUACCUGUCCGGUAAUGAACUAUCGUUACCUCUAUCUUUUCUCGAGAAUUAGAAACAGGGGCAACUUGAACUUGCAAAUCAUGUGCAGACACGUG